GUCAAUUUCAACGUCAAUCAUUCUUUAUUAAAAGACGAAAAAGUUUUAUACAAAAAUUUUCGUUAUUCCAUCGUAAUGUUUGCUAUUUUAGAAAAUAUCGGCAAUCUCCCGGUGAGAUUGGCUAUGAGCGCAUUAUAUUCUCAAAAGAGGAACGUACGAAAUUAUAAACCACAACAGUCGGGGUUACCACAAAUGAAGGUUACACUUAUUGGAGCAGCGGGAAAAGUUGGUCAACCAUUAUCGCUUAUGUUGAAACAAUCUUCUUUUGUGGAUGAAUUGGCAUUGUUAGAUGUUGGUGGUACUUGUGGACUUAGUAUUGAAUUAUCUCAUAUUGACACCAAAUGUAAAGUUAAUGCUUAUGCAGCAGCUGAUGGGAUUGACCGUGCAUUAGAUGGAGCAAAAUUAGUUGUUUUGUUAGCAGCAUGUCAAAACACUAGUCACUUACCGUUCGAUGAAAUGUUCAAAGUAAACAGGGUAUUGGUCAAGGAUUAUGCAACGGCAUGUUCUAAAUUUUGUCCUGGAGCUAUAAUUGCGAUUGCUACUCAUCCAAUAACCACCAUGGUGCCGAUUGUUAGUGAAGUUUUGAAGAAAUGUGGUACCUACAACCCACACAAAAUCUUUGGAAUCACAACAUUACAUACUGUUCGAAGCAAUACGUUUGUAGGUAAUAUUUUGGGUAUUGAACCGGAAUGCGUUACUGUUCCAGUAAUCGGUGGCGGAUAUGAAAGAAAUGUUGUUCCACUUUUAUCUCAAGCAAAACCAUGUAGUGACUUCACUUUAGCCGAAAUUCAAUUAUUAACUAAUAAUAUUCAAAUGGCAAGAAACGACAUCAUCAACGUAAAAAGAUGUGAAGAUUCCACGCUAGCGGCUGCUUUCAGUAUUUCAAGAUUUGUAAUAUCUUUGAUUAAAGGCUUAUUGGGUAAAUCGGACGUUGUUGAAUGUGCAUAUGUUAGAUCUAUCAUUCAUCCACGAGUAAAAUACUUGUCAACGCCACUUCAAUUAGGACCAGGAGGAAUACAAAAAAAUUUAGGCAUUCCAACUGAUAUUACUGACUAUGAAAAUUGUCUCCUAGACACUGCUCUUAGUGAAAUACUGAGAGAUACCAAAAAAGGUGAGCAGUAUUUGGGAAUUAAAGAUUCAAAAGAUUGUGAUAUUUGUGAUCCAAAAAAUAAAGGAUUUUGCCCGCCUGUGUGUAAACCUCAGAGUCUUUAUGAUUGAAAAACUAUCGAUAAAAAAAUUGUAAUAAUGUAAUUAAAAUCUAUUAAUAUAUCUAUCUCUCAUAUACAAA